CACGUUAAGAGUGUUUCAAUGGUGAUUUCGGCCUAUGAUCGGCUAAGGUUUGAGAUAAGACAGCAAAUGCUGUGCAUCGGCGAAGUUUACCUUUGGGGUUUGUGAUUGACCAUAAAAGAGCUAUUCCCCUUAAUAUCGGAGUCUCCCACGUGUCGAUUCAAGUAAUCCCAAGUUCAUUUGCUCGCUGUUAACCAAAAUGGCGAUCUAUCACAUUGUAAUGUUUGCAUUCAAGGCAACUGUCUCUGCGGAGGAUAUAAAAACCACGUGCGAUAUAGGACUCCACCUUGGCGAGAAAUGUAUUCACCCUACCACCAAAGCAACAUAUGUGAAGAUAUUGGGGUGUGGCAAGGAAAAUAGCAUCGGAAAUCGUCAGGAUGGAAUCACGCAUUGUCUUGUCGCCAAGUUCGAAAACGAGGAGGAUAGAAAGUACUAUCUGGAAAGCGACCCGGCACAUCGCGAGUUCGUCCUGAGCGUGGUGAAUAGAGUCGAGAAGAUCCAGGUAGUAGACUUUACACCUGGUGAGUUUUAGAUACGUGGCAGAUAUAUCCGCGAUUACCUAGUGUUGGAUGCUCUCGACGAUAGAUAUACAGAUACCUAAGUAGGCAGUAUGUCCUAUAAUAGAACAAGU